AUGACCACCACCUCUGACCUUUCCUGGGUCAAGGUUCUCUCUCGAGGCCUGUCCAAGAAGGUCACCAAUGCUCAACCACAACGAGCAAAAGAUGACCAAUUUAAACUGAUUCCCGAAGUUCUGUAUGAACACAAAGAUCUGAAAGCCGAGGUACUCACUCGCAAGGCUACAGCCAUCUUGCAACAAGAUUUGACACCCGGAUCUGUUUUGUUUACGUUCCCAAGCAAAACAUUCGAGCAUCGUACAGCAGCAUAUCGCUUAAUCAAGGAGCAAAUAUCCCCUCUGGCUCAAUUCCGUCCUCUGAGCCUGUACCACCAAAAGGCCAAUGGCGAUCUCCUAUUGGAAGCCAAAUUUGACAAUUUCGAGGCUGCCAAACUCGCCAUUAGUCAUGGCAUUACCCAUAGGGAGGUCGUAUACAAAGCUACGGCAGCCAAGGACAACAACGAAGGCAAACUCACCCGUGUUCAGAUGACUAUUGUUCGCAUGCCCGACAUGACCACUUUCUUGGAGGACUUACAACGCUCCUUGAAAUACUAUGGCAAGGUAUACCAGAUCAAGAAGUACACUGUAGAUGGAUUCUUCGAGGACCUUAGUCGCAUGAUGUACCUGUCAGCCUGGGAUAUCUAUGUACCUGCAACAUUUCGAGAGGCACCUCCCGUCUGCCAUUUUUGUCGCCAGAGUGGCCAUAUUCGAGAUUCAUGUCCUGUCCUGGUCAAACGCCAAUGCUUCAAAUGUCGCAAACCGGGCCACACAGCCAAGUUCUGUUGUGAGGAGGAACCAACGUUUACCGAAGCACUGGAUGAGUAUGUCGCUAUUCAGAAAGAUCGCGCUGAUUCCACUGUCGACAACCAGCGUAGCACAGUUAAGGCACCAGAGAGACGCCGUCGAACAAAGGCCGCCAUACCUACCCAACCAGCCAGUCAGUCAACCGAGGUGACCGACAGCCAGAUCAUUAAUUUGUCCAAAAACUUUGACAGCUCAUCUCAAGAGCAGGACGUGGAUCAGAUGGAGAUAGACCCAAAGACCAUCCAGCGUACUUCCAAUGGUAGCGAUGCUUCCAAGCAUGCUCCCUUAGCUUCUUCUCUUCAUAUGCAUGUGGAUUAUCAACAGCCUACUGCCAUUGCUUCGUCUUCCAAUGAUUUUACGUCUGAUGUGCUCCCUCUCCGCCGUCAUUCCAUGAGCUCGGCGUCUAUGUCGCAGACUCCAGUGUAUCAUGUCGCCCAUAGGGCAUAA